CCGCGUGGUUCUCUCUUUUGCUUUGUGUUCUCCGUAUUCUCUCAGUGGAACUUUGACGGCACCGAGUUAAGAAUGAAAACAACAUUAUUACAUUGAUGUCGAUUCUGGAUUGCGUUAGGAUAUAGGCAUUCGAAUAGUACAGUGGAUCGUGUGUAGCUAUGCUCGAUAGAACUUGAUAAUGUGAACGAUAAGAAGACGAUACGCACAAUUUUAUCGUAUCAGCCGGAUUGCAGCAAACGGCGAAAGAGCCAACAUUUAGUGGCGACCUUUAGUGCCAAGUUAGAACGAAAAGUAGCAAUCGAGUUCGUAGUCGGAGGAAAUCGCACAAACACCGCAAUGUUUCGCCUGCGGGUCAAAAUAUUUUACGUGUACAUAUUGAUUUCAUUUAUGCUCUCCGUAUAUUUGUUCUAUCUGAUCUCGAAGUACUCGGUGGAAAAGUUCAUCAAUUAUCAGCGGCAUGUCAAGAGCAGCAAGUUUCAGGACCGCCCGCGAAUGCCGCAAAUAGUAGGUCACUAUGUUGGUAUUGGAUCGAUCGGAAACAUCUCCAAGGACUUUAUGAACACCAAUAAUUUCGCUCCCGUUCCGGGAGUAGGCGAAAAUGGAGAUCCCGUAGUCGUGCAGGCUAAAGAUCUGCUUAAGAUGCAGCAACUGUUUCAAAUUAAUCGUUACAACCUGCUUGCUAGCGAUAGAGUCGCGCUGAAUCGCUCGCUGCCAGACGUAAGAAAGCCGAAAUGCUUGGCGAAGGAUUAUCCUUCGAAGCUGCCGACCACGUCAAUCAUAAUCGUCUUCCACAAUGAAGCAUGGUCCGUAUUGCUUCGAACUGUGUGGAGUGUCAUCAUCCGAUCACCCCGACAUCUGCUUAAGGAAAUUCUCUUGGUUGAUGACGCAAGCGAUAGAAGCUUCCUGAAAGUGGAGCUGGAAAGUUACGUCCAAAAACUGCCAGUGGCUACGAGCUUAUUAAGGUUGAACAAACGAGAAGGAUUGGUGGCCGCUAGGUUAAUGGGAGCCAGGGUGGCGACUGGCGAUACGCUUACCUUCUUGGAUGCGCACUGUGAAUGCUCCCCGGGAUGGUUAGAACCUUUGCUGGCAAGGGUGCAGGAGAAUCCGAAGAAGGUGGUGUGCCCAGUAAUUGAUAUUAUUUCCGAUGACAACUUCUCGUACAUCAAAAGUUUCGAAUUCCACUGGGGAGCAUUCAAUUGGCAGAUGCACUUCCGGUGGUACACUUUGAGCGACGAGGAACUUGCGGAAAGGCGGAAGGAUACCACUCUUCCCUUCCACACACCUGUGAUGGCCGGUGGCUUAUUUACUAUGGACAGAAAAUAUUUCUUCGAGAUUGGUAGCUAUGAUGAGCAUUUGAAAAUUUGGGGUGGCGAUAAUUUGGAGAUGUCGUUCAGAAUCUGGCAGUGCGGUGGGGAGAUUGAAAUUGCUCCUUGUUCGCACGUUGGACACCUGUUCCGGAAGAGUUCGCCCUAUACUUUCCCGGGAGGAGUCAGUGGGAUACUCAACGAAAAUUUAGCUCGUGUUGCCCUGGUCUGGAUGGAUGAUUGGUCGAAAUUCUUUUUCAAAUUCAAUAAAGGAACGGAGGAGUUCAAAUCAUUGAACGUAUCCACACGCGUCGCGCUCAAGAAACAAAUGAAUUGUAAAUCUUUCGAUUGGUACCUGCGUAGGGUGUGGCCCCAAAACUUUUUCCCCGCGCCGAAUAAAUUCUUCGGCCGCGUACAACCCAUCGAUUUGAGCACCUUUGACUACCAGGAAUACAUAACUCUGAUGAAGAAAAUCAAUCUCGUCGUGAAGCACCUAAAUCCCGAACUUAAGUGGAAGUUCCUGAUCAAGUAUCUCUCGGAAAACGUCAAGAAGAUAGGCGAUGCAAUGAAGGUCGCCAAACAUAGCUCCUACUGCCUGCAGAAGCCCAAGUCGAAUUCGGUUAUCAAUCAACCCUUCGGUCAAUCGUUCCUCAAGAAGUGUUCACUGCUGAUAAACAUCUUCGACGAGGAGUUCGUGAUAGAUGAUCACGGUCGAAUCAUGUCCGACGAGGGCGUCUGUUUGGAUUCCUUCCGGAAAACUUCGGUCGACGGCGAACAGUUGGUGGAGGGUCCAAAGAAAGCCAAAAUGGUGACCUGUGGAAGCAAUAAACCUGGCCAGCGCUGGGUCUACGAGACUGAUACCUAUCACAUAAGAAAUAUCAACAGUGACGAUUGUCUGGAACGGGGCAUGACUCUCAUGAAGGAUGACUCCGAGAGUAGGUUUGAGGUGUUCCUCAACCCGUGCGACGUUCGGAAUGAGCUGCAAAAGUGGAUGCUGUUUCCAGUGGCUUGGAAGUAAGAAGCAAGCAGUGGAAGAAAUUAAUGAGACCUAUUUCAGAUUUGAAUUCAUUAACAUCAUUAACAUUAACGCACUAGUUAACAUCACGCGAAGCACACAAACGUUAGUUACAAAAUGGGGUUUUCCAGGUUCUUCUAUGACAGUAUUCAAUGUGACGCAUUUGUAAGAUAACACAACCCUUCCGAUAAUGCAAUAUUAAUAAGACGUAGGACAAGAUGUAUUUGUACAAAGAGGCGGGACUUAUACACAAAUGAUUUCGGUUGUGUAUGAUCGUUUUUGAUGUAUUUUCACGCUUUGUGAGGGAUAUUAUUACAAGACUUAUUUGUACUUAUUUUUUUUUGGUUUAGGUUUUACGAUUAAGUUUUCAUCUGUGAUAUUAAGGCAUUUGAAAUGGACAAAUAUAAUUCUAUUUGUAAUGGUUCGCUUUAAA